AUGGGUGGCGGUGACUCGGCCUUUCUGGCCAUUGUUCAGUGGCACAGCUGGUCCGCAGAAGCAGGCCGCGUCCCCAAGACUUGCCGGGAUUCUCGCCUCGGCGACCUUACCGAGGUCUUGUUCGAGCGGGCGCCCUACUGCAGAGGUGGCCAGUUUCGUGGUGCAGGUACCCGUCUGGCGGCCCUGUGUCGGGGCCCUGCAGCUGCUCACAGCGCCUUGCACCAGCUCGAGGAGAGAUGGGCAGACUUGGACGCCGCGCGGCAGACGACUCUGAGGACGGAGUGGGAGAUCCAGAUGAUCAGGUUCUACCACGACACCAAGGAGUCGUGCAGCGCAUGCCAGCCAGUGUUUGGCAAUGGCGGCUACAGUCAGGCGAUGGACUGCUCCGUCUGCGCUAUCAAAGCGUCGACCAUGUCGGAGGACCUCGAGAAGUUCGCAAACACCUUUGCAGACAAGUUCAAGCCCGAGCCGUCGCCGCCGGAGCCUCCUCCGCCACCGCCAGAGCCCGCGCCGGCGCCAGCUGCCGAGCCAGACCCUGAACUCCUGGAGAAGAUCAAAGCUCUUGAGCUCCGGGUGGCCGUUCAGAAAGACGCCCUGGGCGAGCUGCAGAAGGUGAUCGACGGAGCAGACACCGAGAAGGAAGCCCACAAGAAGGGGCUCGAAGAGUCUGAGAAAGCAAAGCAGGAUUUGCAGAGCCGGUGCGACACACUGGAGACGGACAUUCGAAGCCUCCUCGAAAACAUUGAGAAGUUUGCCGAGGAUCUUGACAUCGGUAUGCGCUGGCAGACGGCGCAGAUGGCAUAUGCCGCAUUGCACAAGUUCACGCUCGCUCGGCGGAGCAGGCUGGAGUCCGAUCCCGCACAGGAAGAGACGUGCCGCGAGCUCGAGGUCAAAGCUUUGUGCUUCAAGCAUAAACAGAUCCAGUCGCUCACCAAGCUCGGCCGCUUCAGUGACGCGGAGCCCAUGGCCAAGCAAGUCUGGGAGCGGAGAAAGGAGUUGCUGCCUGCGGAUGCCAAGGAGACCCGCGCCAUCUCCAGAGACUUUUGCGACAUCCUGCGAAAGAACGGAAAGUACUUUGAAGCGGAGCGAGAACUGGUGUCGAUGUGGUACAACUCGAUGCAAAGCGUUCCUGGAGCUGAGGAGGAAGAGUGGAAGUUGGAAACCGCCUCCAGGAUCGGAGAGGUGAUGGCGGAGCAAAGAAAGUUUGCCGAUGCGGCGUCGUGGCAUCGCCGCGUGCUGGAGCAGCGCUUGGCUAAGAGCCCUCUCGACGUGGAGAAAGCGUCUGCUGCCGCCGUCCAGUGCAUAUCAGCCCAGAACCAGCAAGACACCGGCUUCGUGAUCAUGGACCACGCUAUCAUCCCCCAUCUGGAGCGGAUAUGGAAGGAGCGCACGCCGAACACCGAGAACGAGAACGUUCUGACAUGCGGCCACGAGCUCGGCGUUCGUUUGAUAGGACUGGCCAAGGAUGACGAGGCAGCGCCUAUUCUCUUGUCCGUGUGGGAAAAGAGAAAAGCAUUUGGACCUCCGCACCAACUUGAAGCAAUGGAAACAGCGCUUGCCCUCGUUGAUCUCUCCGUCAAGACGGAGAACCUCCCGAGGCUCGAGACACUGUACCACUGGAUCACGAUGAACCGCACGCCGGACCAGAGCGAGACCGAGCAUCUCUGGUACCGGUACCGCCUGGGGUGCGUCCAGGCGGUUCUCGAGAAGUGGGCGAUCGCGGAAGACAACCUGCGGAAAGUCCUCUCGCAUCACAAGCAGCUCUUUGGAAGCGAUGACCCGGAUACUAUACAGUACACCCAGGUCCUAGCCGAAGUCCUGAGAAGGGAGAACCGGCUCGACGACGCGCUGAGGCUCGUCCAGCCGCUCUGGGAGGACCGCCAGCGGCACCCGCGCAGCUGGCUGCAGGCGACUCUGAGGAUCGGCCACCUGUACGGCGACAUACUCAACGAGUCCAACUCGCCCGCCGACCUAGCCAAGGCCGAGGCCAUCUUGCGGGAGGUGUGGGAGUCGACAGCCACCAACAUCUCGAGCAUGAUGCCCCUGGCGAGCCUCGUCCCCGCCGGCGACUGCUACGGCAUCAGCCUCAUGAAGCGCCAGAAGUUCCUCGAGGCGCGGCCCAUCUUUGCCCAGGUGGCCGAGUGGAAGCGCUGGCUCGGCUUCGACCAGAAGGCGCUGGAGCGCUCCGAGCACCUGGCCAUGCGUGCGACGGAAUGGGGCAGCCGGAAGCACCCGCCGAUCUACCGCCCGACCCCGGUGUACCACCAGCUACGGCUCAGGGAUUUCCUCGACCGAUGGUUCUCGUCCACGGUCGUCACCGCGGCUAUUACGGACUCUUGA